AUGGUGUCAGUGACUGGUGAACCACCUACUGCUGUAAAAGAAGGAAUAGCUGUUCAUACAGAUGUAGAAAUCAUCCCAGAAAUCAUAGAGCCACUCUCCCUUCCAGAUGUGCUGAGGAUCUCUGCAGUUCUGGAGGAUACCACAGACCAGCUCUCUAUUCUAAACUAUAUCAUGCCAGUUCAGUAUGAAAGAAGACCGAGCAUCGGCAUGAAAAACAAAGAAAUGAAUUCAAAGGGAAAAGGCCUAGACAAACUUCCAAUGGUCUCAACUAUCUCGAAAGUACCUAAAGAAGGACCCAAGUUGCCAGAAAUCAGACAGGGAGGCCUGGAGUUUAACAAAAUGCAGGAUCUUAUCUUCGAAAAACCUACAAAGCAGACCAUAGUAACUACAGAGACACUGAAGAAAAUUCAGAUGGACAGGCAAUUUUUAAGUGAUGUGAUUGCAAAUACUGUUACGGAAUUGGAAGAUUCAGGCACUUUCACAAAUCUCCUGUCAGAUUUAAGCAAAGAGAGGGAAAACAAAAUGCAUUUCUAUGAUGUCAUUACCAGUGAGGAAAAUGGAAGAAAAAAGAUAAAAUCUCUUCAAAAACAGCUAGUUAAUGUGAAAAAAGAAUGGCAAUUUGAAGUACAGAAUCGGAAUGAAUAUAUUGCUCACCUCAGAGACCAAUUGCAAGAGACGAAGGCAAAAACCAACUUGGAGAAUCAGUAUAUGAAAAAAAAUACUGAGCUGCAGAUUGCCCAGACCCAGAAAAAAUGUAACAAAACAGAGGAACUCUUGCUGGAGGAGAUUGAGAAACUAAGAAUGAAAACUGAAGAAGAGAACCGGGUUCAUAUGGAGAUUGAAGUGUUCCUUAGAAAGGAGCAGCAGAAACUUGAGGAGAAGCUAGAGUUCUGGAUGGAGAAAUAUGAUAAGGACACAGAAAUGAAACAGAAUGAACUAAAUACUCUCAAAGCUGCAAAGGCCAGUGACUUAGCACGCCUUCAAGAACUUGCAAAGAUGAUAAGGGAGUAUGAACAGGUCAUCAUUGAAGAUCGUGUAGAAAAGGAGAAGAGCAGGAAGAAGAUAGAACAGGAUAUCUUGCAAUUAAAGAGCAUCAUAAAGCUCCAGUCCUGGUGGCGAGGCACCGUGGUAAGGAGGGAAAUCGGUGCUUUCAAACUGCCUAAGGACAAAGAGGAUGGCAAGGAUUCAAAAGGCAAAGACAAGGAGAAGCGGAAAGGCAAGAAGUGA